AUGGUUCAAGAAGGAAAGAAGGAUGGAACAGUAGUAUGGGAGGCAAAUGAUGCAAGAGCCCAUAGAGAGAGGGACGACAACCAUGAGAGCGAUCAUGAGCCAUUAGCGAGGAAAAAGUGCAGUGGGAUGGGGGAACUUUUCGGAUCGAAGCGCCCAGAAGCCAGAUCCGCCAGGCGGUUGGAGCCGACCAGCGGUGAGGUCAAUCCGUCGAGGACUCGUCAGCUCCCAGUAUCACCUGCAGCCCUCAUAGGUCCUGGGUGGAUGGCGCCAUGCCCGACACGGCUUGAUGGGGCGGCCCUUUCCGACAGGCAAAUACUACUAUAUUCGCAAACUGAUCCGCGAAAGAGCAUUUGGUGUUUUAUGUCGACGUGUCAUGUCAUCGAAUCGGAUGAUAAUGUGCGAAAGCCUUCAUCAUCACAGAUGAAGUCAAGGAAGAAAUCAGCAUACCGUCUGCCGCGCCCAAUCAUGAGUGGGACUUCAGCUGGGCAUAGCAAUCCUGUCUGCAGCGCAAUUGCCUUUGUCUUGCCCAGUCGGAUGCUGCGGGGCUUGGAUUCCCACAGGAACAAUGAAAGCUCUCUCGUAAACGAAGUGGAUCUGUCAGGAGAUGCAGCAUACACGCGUCCGCUCAACUCUCAGCCACCACAUCCCUGUCGUAGUCCAGCUGGUGUUUGUAGAGUCUUUGAGGAUAAUUGCGUACAGGGUACAUCAAGCGGUGAAUGUUGCAAGCGAAGCUCAUUGUCUAUGACUACCGUUUCUGGAAGGCCAGAACUGACGGGAAUAGUGAGUGGAGCACUCUCUCAAGAAAACAGAUGCGUAUCUGAACCCCCAGGAUUGCCCGACUGGGUCAGCCACUACAUGGUCCAACUCGGCACCGAGAGGAGUGAUGCCUGCUUGCCUGCUUGCUUGCAUUUCUCGAAGAAGAUCCGGUUUAAGGAGGAUUUACGGUUUAGCGGGCAUGAUAAAGCAAGAUGUCGCUUUCGGGAGUUGGCGCUGGUCACGUUACGGGACAUCCUUGCAACUUCUGCAUUAAUGCCGGAUAUUAUUGAUGUCGUCUCUAGGUGCCGGAAGAGGCAGCAGAAAAAUAAGCAAUUGGCUAUCCCAGAACUGCUAUAG